AUGUCACCUUCAUCCAACAACCUUGUUCAGUCAAGCCAAAGUCAUAGAGUUCCAAUCCCUCAGGCUGUUUUACCAUCCGACGAGGUCAAAGCGGAAGAUAUCAAACAUGACAUUCUAAAGGAAGAACAAGCAGAAAAUUCAUCCCCGCAUUGCUCCCGCUAUUCCCAACUGUUGGAAUCCGAUAUGCCUUGGUUCCAAGAAGAGUUAUCUGCGCGCGCGCGCGUAAAUCCCAGUUGUCUUGAAUCGGCUCGGCUUCUCAAAAUGCUUUCCGUGUUGUGUCCGGGCAGUGUGCCGGAAUCUCAAUGGGAGCGCAUAUUCAAAGGCCUUCCUGUAGAUCUUGGGAUAUUCAGGUCCAAUUUGAUCCGGACCACUAUCGAUGAACAACCAUCUACUCCAAUUUCCACCGCAUCUGAUUGGUGUAUGGCGUGGUCGUAUGCAUCCAAGGCCAUCGCAUUCGCAUUCCCCAACCGUAUGGCUGCCCAAGUGGGGAAAUAUUCCCCGUAA